AUGCUCCGACUCGAUAGGAAGUUCGGCAAACAGAUCCAGCGCAGGCAGCUAGAUCUUCCCGAAUAUGCCGCCAGCUUUGUUAACUACAAGGCGCUGAAGAAGCUGAUCAAGCAACUCAGCGCCACCCCGACUAUCCCGGCACAGAGAACAGCCGAGGAAAUCGCAAGAGCUAAUGCGGACCCUCAAGGCGCUUUGCGCGCAAACAAGGAGGUGUUCUUCUUCCGCUUGGAACGAGAGAUUGAGAAGGUGAACACUUUCUACCUCCAGAAAGAAUCAGAGUUUUCUCUGCGCCUAAGGACGUUGGUCGACAAGAAGCGGGUGACUCAGUCCCGAGCCACCUCAAAUUCCAAAGCACCGUCGAAUUUUGCUGCUAUGUUUGAAGGCUUCCAACAAUUUGAUGGCGACCUGAACAAACUGCAGCAAUUUGUUGAGAUCAACGAGACUGCCAUGUCCAAAAUCCUCAAGAAAUGGGACAAAACCUCCAAAUCUCGCAUGAAAGAGCUGUAUCUGCAUCGCGCUGUCGAAGUACAACCGUGCUUCAAUCGUGAAGUUCUUCGAGACCUUGCGGAUAGAGCUACCACCGCACGACUGGAAUUGGAGGCCUGGGCCGAGGGCGAGAACAUUCAAUAUGACGCCUCACGUCCAUCGGACCGCACCGCACAAUUGGGGUCGGAAGAGGAUGAGAUGGACAACCAGAUCUUGCAGUCAGCCUCUACCGGCAAUCUGCAAACCCUACGUGAAUGGCUAGCCAGGUUGCAGCAGUUGCCGGACGCCCGUGAGCGUGCCACCCGUACAUUCCUGACUGCCAUCAACGGGUUCUCGGAUGAAGUGCUCGCUCUGCUAUUGGAGAGUCAACUGGUUGACAUACACGCCGAGGACGACAUUAACGAACGAAACUGUCUUCAUGAAUCUGCUAUUUCGGGUCGAUUGUUUGUCUUCCAUGCAGGUCUCCAGGCAUCCGUGGAUUUCGCCCGCGCCGAUGUCUAUGGUCGGAUCCCUCUCCACUAUGCAUGCAUGCACGGCCGCGUGGAUAUGGUGCGACACCUGCUUGCAGCCGGCCCACACACCGUCGACAUCAUGGAUCAUGACAACUUUACCCCUCUAAUCCACAGCAUUGUAAAGGGCCAGCUGGCAUGCGCCGAGCAGGUUCUGUGUAGCAAUGCCCGCGUCGACCCAGAGCCUGAGUCGCCCACUAUGAAGGGAAUGGACCAUCGUCCCUUGAGGGGCCCGGAUCAUAUUCCUUUGAACCUCGCCUGUCAACAUGGCUCUCUCCCCAUUGCGAAGAUGCUUCUUGAGCGAAAUGCGAAGUUGCUGCCGGAUGCAGAGGGUCUCUACCCCCAACAUAUGGUUGCACGCGCGUCACAAUCGCCAGAGCUACUAUUACUCCUGAAGGAGCACGGUGCUGAUCUUGAUCAGAAGGACAAGCUUUAUCAGUGGACUCCGCUGUUCCACGCAGCCAGCGAAGGCUGUGUCCCUUGCCUACGCACCCUCCUCGAGUGCGGGGUUGAUGCCCAGGUCCCAGAUGAGAAGGGCCUCUCGUCUAUGUACUAUGCUGCCUGGGAGGGACAUCUGGAGUGCAUGCUCCUCCUCUGGGCCCAGCCUACCCGUAAUAAGUCUGCACGGGGACCGCUUGACAUUCUCAAUGGCGUGCGGAUGCAAGAACCCGGCCUGAUGGGCGACCCGAUGUCUGUGGUCACAAGCGUUUCUGAAUUGGAAAUGGCCGAUGGUAUCCCGGAUCUUGAAUUGCCUCCCCCCAUUAUUCCUCUCCGCCGCUAUGGUCACAACUUCCUCGACAAGAAAGUAUUCAUUCAGCUUCUGUUCGAUCAAGGAAAUGUCGGGUCUGUCGCCUUUGAUCAGGCAGGCCGCCAUCCUGCUGCUCGCAUGACCAUCUCUUCGAAACUGUCAGAUCUCAUCCCGCGUACUGUGAUGCUACCCAUCCAGGAGGAGACACGCACAAUAUCGUUCCACGUGGACAACCUGGACACUUUUGCUGUGGACUUUGAGAUCUUCCCCACCUUUGGUUCAAAGGUGAUUGCGAAGAGUGUGGCCCUGCCAGACAUCUUCCGCGCCGAGUCGUCCAGCACCGGCUCAGGCUGUCUGCCUCUAUUCGACCCCCGGCUCCGUACAAUCGGCCAGCUGCGCUUCAACUUCCAAGUAAUCAAGCCAUAUCAUGGCGAUCCUCUGGAAAUCACACACUUCGCUACAUAUUGGAAGGCCACUAGUGCUCUUGACUCUGACCACAAUGGACUAGUGACCGGUUCUAGUUUGUCGGGAGAUUACGUUCAGCUCUUUGUACAAUUGACCCGGGAUCGCGUCGCAGUCCUUUACCCGCAAUUUAUGAUCAACCACCACGGAGUCGACAUCCCAGUGUCUCAUUUGACAUAUGCCCAGUUCCAGGCCAUUGGCGCAGAGCGCGGUACCAACCAUCCCCAGAUCCUCCAGUUCUUAGAAACAGAAGCGACGCAUGACAUGCCACAGACUCAUCGACUCCUAGCGGCGUCUUUCUUGUCGUUACGCGAUGUCCUCCGCCAACUUCCUAUUGAACUGAAUGUCAAUAUCUCCCUCCUCUACCCAUCUUCUGCGGAGGAGAAGAGGCUCCACAUGACUUCUUUGGCGGAUGUCAACAGCUUUGCCGAUGUUAUCCUUACUGAUGUCUUCGACCACGCUCGUGUGGCCCGUGAUAAGAGCCCAGAGCUCAUGCGUUCCGUCGUAUUCACCUCCUACAACCAGAACAUCUGUAGUGCUCUUAACUGGAAGCAACCCAAUUAUCCCGUUCUUCUUUGCAACGAUCUUGGUCAAAUUCGGGACUUGGCCGGGAACGUCGACUCGAUGCCCCAUGUCAAUAGCAGUGGCCGGGCCUCGAUGUCGAUCAAGGAGUCUGCUCGUAUUGCGCAGAGCAAUAACUUUAUGGGUCUGAUCUGCAGAUCUAGCCUUUUGAAUGUUGUUCCCGCACUCGUCGAAACUAUUAAGGAGCUCGGCCUUGUGCUCGUGGCUGACACCUCUGAUGAUGUCAGCCAGUCGGAUCGAUUCGAGGAGCUUCCCGCCACCGAUACAAUGGGCGUUGCCGAAUGGGCAUACCGUAUGCCCGACGGCGUCAACGGUGUGAUGAGAGCCAACGGCAUUCUGAGAUUUAACGAUAUGAUCGAUAUGUGA